GUGGAGAUGAUCGAUCGAUCGAUCAGCCCCGGUCGGUCGGACCGCGAGCAAACGCUGCGUCUCGCUCUCUCUCUCCCUUUUCCUCCUCCUCCUCCUCCUCCUCCUCCUCUAAAGAAAGAAGAGCCACAGCUCGCCCUCUCCUCCUCCUCCUCCUCCUCCCUCUCUCUCUCUCUCUCUCUUCGUCUUACACCUCAAGCCUCUCGUCUCUUCUCCGGGGACAAGCGAAAAAGGAAAAUAAAAAAAGAGUAAAUGCCUGCCCAAAAGCGCCCGCUUCCUCCUCCUACUCCUCCACCGGAUCACCAACUCCCCCCCUCCGAUGAGUCUCCGCCUGCUGACCGACCCCCGCCUCCCUCGUCUCUGCCGACACCGGCCGUUCAGCAUGAGCAGGAGCAGGGGCGGGAGGAGGAUGGUGGCGAUGGCGGCGAAGGGGACGCGGGGAAAGAGCCGCCAGAGGUCCCUCAAGAACAGGAUGCAGAUUCUGAUGGCCGAAAUGCUGGCGGCCAAUCGUCCGAUGAAGAAGACGAGGACGACGAUGAAGCCGUGAAACUAGAAUUUGUCCCCGUGAAGCUGGCGGACAUUCGAAAAGAAGUGCAAUGCCCUAUAUGCUUGGGGAUAAUUCGGAAGACAAGGACAGUAAUGGAAUGCCUGCAUCGCUUUUGCCGGGAGUGUAUUGACAAAUCAAUGAGACUUGGAAAUAAUGAAUGUCCUGCAUGCCGUACUCAUUGUGCCAGUCGGCGUUCUUUGAGAGAUGAUCCUAACUAUGAUGCUCUUAUAGCAGCCCUAUACCCAGAUAUUGAUAAAUACGAGGAAGAGGAACUGGCUUUCCAUGAAGAGGACAAAUUCCGCAAUAAGAAGAUACAAGCAUACAUAGCUGAGACAUUUCGACGACAAUCGGAAGCUCUUGGUAGGAGAAGGUCUACAUCUAAAGCUGCUACACCAUUUGGAAGAAGAUCACAAGGAAGUUACCGAAAUCAUCUGCGUGGGAGAGGUAGAAAUAUUGGUCGUGACAUGGCAGUUGCAGGCUCUGAUGAUGAUGAAGAAGAAGAAGCAAAUGGUAACGAUGGCACUAAAGAUUCCUCUUCUGCUGAUGAGCCCUCUCCUGACCGAAGACCAAAGAGAUGCAAGAGAUGGGGAGCACCGCGAUCUUCACCAGCUAGAACAGUGGGCAGUGUUGAUGUUGGAUCUGAGGAGAAUGAUGACUUUGAAGUCAACAAAGAGCCUCUUGGGACAUCACCUCUGCGAGCAGGAAACAGAGAUAUGCUUGCUUGGGGUAAGAAUGGCACGCGUAGUCAGACUAGACAUGGUAAUACUAGCGGUGCAAAUGGAAGGUUGGUCAAAGGUGGGCGCAUGGCCAAAUUGGUGGACUACCUACGCAGUUUAGAUGAUGCUGAUGAUGAGUUUGAUGUACAUUUGACCCUGGUUCCUCUGGAUGAUGGAAGUAUGCCAAAUUUGGAACAACCAUAUCUUAGCUGCCGGCCAACCUUGUCAAUCGGACAUCUUUGCCAAUUUAUUGCUCUUCAGACAUCUGUACAAGCUGAAGAGUUGGAGAUAUAUGCAAGGAAGCCUCGGAGUGGCACUCUCGGGGGCGGGUCUUCCAGCUCGAUGGAUGAUGCCCCUACUGUACCUUGCAUAGGCCUACAGAUACUGGAGGGACAUGAAUCUCUUGCAACACUUAUUGCUUCUUUCACUAGUGAACGAGGGGAGCUGGUGUUGGUGUACCGUCGAAAGGCACAGUACAGUGCUAGAGAAGUGCUCAACAUCACUUAAUAUGAUGUUUCCGCAUGAGAACCCCAACAUAAACCAGACACCUUUUUUUUUUUUUGUCUGUGCUCUAUAUGUAUAUGAUAUACAUACAAUACAUAUAUAUACAUAAAUCCAAAUAAAAGGCUGGUCGAGCGAUGGAACGAUAGUGAUUGAAAUCACAGAGCACCAUGUCUGGACAAGAAGGUCGGACCAAGAUGCGAAGCGGAGAGAACUUCCAUGCUAACUUCAUCCAGCAGUGAAAUUAAAUUUUAAUAUCUCUUUAAUUAUGUCCCAACAAAGUAGGAAGUGACAUGUCUUUGGUUUCUUUCAGUUUAUACUUGUGUGUUUACUGUUGUUCACUUGAAUCUAAUUUCCCUUUCAGCUGCUCGUCAUAUAAUCUAUUGAAAUGCGCUACCUCUCCGUUUAUGACUUGUAC